AUGGCCAAUCACUGGUGGAUUCCCAAACGAAUUGACUACCCUGCUUCCCCCGCAGAAGCACCAGCUGGACAAAUCUUGAACUACGGUCAACGCCAAAGAGCAGGAGCCGAACUUCGCCGGUGGAUCGCCAAGCCAAGUAAGCCCAAUUGUCCAAUUCUGCCAAACGUGACUUCCAUACACAGCAUCCAAAACGAUUUCACGAUUGAAAUCAUUCAAGCAACCCCGACGGACCCUGAUUAUGCCAAUAUCCUUCACCAACUUGACCUCGCCCCAAUGACACAGACGCACACUGAGUCUCUAUACCGAAAUUUCGAUCUCAUGUCUACGGCUCUUUCAUGGCGCGGCUUCGUAGGUCCACAAGUCCUCAUUGUCGAGGAUAUGCACCGGCGGACUGGAGAGAUGUAUCACAUGUCCGAGGUUUGUUUGGCAUUUUAUGGAACUGACUAUCUGAUCGACACGCUUCGACACGUUAUUGUCAGCAAUGUUGUGAAUCAGGAUACCAUCGAUUUCAUGUCGGGUGAGCUUCAUGGCAACCAUCUUGAAUUCUCGGAUGAGUGGUGGCGGACCUGGGAGUAUGGGACCCCCGAGUAUGAUGCUUUGUUGGGAACUCGCAUUGGUAAGAUGGUGGCGUAUAUGGUGUUGGGGGGUUUCGAGCGAGGUACGAGAGAUAUUUCUCGCAUUCACACUGUAGGUAGUUGGGAUGGGAUUAGUGCGCAUCUUCAUUUUGAGAUUGGGGAUGCCUAG